AUGUUGCAGCACACGACCGCCUACUGCACCAGCCUUGUGGAGCAUGUCUACGCCUUCCUCUGCCACUUCCUGCUCAGCUACAAGGGAUACGUGGUUGUCAACAUCUUAAUCCUUGGUCUGAACCUAAUCGUGCUGAGGACCGUUAACUACUACAUGUCCAAGAGGAACGCCAAGAACCCAUACAGUCUGCGGAUCACCUCAGCAAAGUUUCAACGGAUAGGGCACACCAGGCCAGGACGUCUUCUGAGCGGUCAAGGAAGCGCUGUCAAAGUGCCCAAUCGAGAUGUUCCCAGGCGGCAGACACUGAAUGCAAGCAGCAGACAUCACAGAUCCCCUGUAGUGACCUCACAGACCCCCAGGAAGGCGAGAAAGGCAACUCCAGCGUGCCAGAAGUUUCUGACUCCUCCGACGCCCCUACCGUCUCCAUACAAUGGCAAGAAGCAGACAGCCGGUGACAAAUGCGACGAGACCCUGGACGAGAUCACCUGGGCGUGCGAUGAGUCUCGUUCUUCCCUGGCCAACAUGACUAAGGCGGCUAAAUACUGCGACUCUCAGGUGCAGACACCCUCUGCUAAAGAUGUCCGAGUGACUAAAAGCUCCCACGUUUGCAGACGAAUGGGGAAGAGCACGGAUGUUCGAGAAGAAGCGAGGCAGGAAGACGAAGGCAACAUUUUAUCUCCACAGGAGAACCAGCAGAAAAGUGAAAGAGUAAAACAGGGUGGUAAAAAAAGACAGAAGGACGAGGAUAGGCAGAACAAAACGAAGAGCGUUGCCAUGAAGAAGAAAACAGGGAAAUUGAAACAGAGGCACAAAAAGGUUUCAAGAGGUGUGAACACACUGCAACAAACUCCAAGUGGGCAACAGCAUGAUUUUGACGGGGACGAACUGGGUAAGAUGGUGUCCACAGAUUUGAGAGCUGAGGUCAACCGAGAAAUGUCUGCACCUUGUGUUGAGAGGAAAGUGCUCUUGAACGAAGCCAGGGCCAAACGGAUGAGGAUGAAGCAGCUGACAUCUCCGAGGAUAAUGGAGACAUUGAAGAACUCAUCCGGGGACAGCAAGAAUUCCAUGGAGGAGAGCGACCUCGACCUGGGGGGCUCCGAGCAGUUCCAUGGCAACCGCAGCGAGUCCAGUCUGGUCUGCAAACGGGACAGUUGGAUCUGGUUUUCGCCGGACAUGCGGCCCAGCGUCGAGGAUUUCGCUGCCAGACAGAGAAAGUUCAGAAGCCGGGAUCCCAGAGUGGCCGAGCUGGCCUUUGAGAUCAGUAGACAAGAAGAGAUGAACAGAGACAUAGAACGCGCCGCCGAGUCUCUCAUUGACAGCUCUUCUCCGUCCACUUGCAAACUCCACGACGCAAGGGUGCUCUGUGGACAUGUCUCCCAGAAGAGUCUGUGUGGCGCCAUGAAAACCCGAGCCAGCAGGAAGUCCAGGGUCACGCCGUAUGCACUUCCUGAGGUCAACAAGCUGCCCGUUUCUUCCGUGUCCAAUCUAGCCAGCGGUGAUCAUGCAGCACCUGAUAGCAAUGAAUAUAACGACGGAGUUUCUGCCGGGAAAGCUGUGUCCUCUGACCUUGUGAAAAUACUGCCAACAAAAACGACGCCUGAUAAACAAGCAGAGAAAGUCAAAGAUUCUAGGACGCCGACCCCAAAACGCAGAAAAGCGCGCCAGAAAAUGACAAACCAGCAGACGAGAAGUCAAAGCCAGAGCGUCGUUUGUGCAGAAAAGCGCAGUACGCCACCAGUUCGCUCGGAACAUCCUAAACACGAGGCGAACCCGAGUCCCCCCGAGGGAGGCUCGGUGCCACACCCUGUUAACUGGUACAACUCACCUGCAGCGAGUGUAAUCAGGAGGAUGUAUACACCCAGCAGGUACUCCCCUCUCUACGACAACACUACCCUAGUCUGCAGCACCCAGUGCUCUCUCUGCUCCCUGGUGUCCAGUUCAUUGGAGCACACAAAAGCCAACCCCGAAAACAAUCGGGCUACUAAAACUGAGCUCACGGAUGAAGACAAUCAGCGGCAAAGUCGCCUUUUACACAACGGUCAACACAGCUCGCCAGUUGAAAUCAAACAUUCCCCAGGAGAGAUAAAUCUGCUUUCAGCGAAAUAUACCAGUACGGACAAGCUCACGUCUCCAAAACGACGGAAAUAUAAAGAGCUGUCUGAAAGCUCGCUUAUGUCGAAGGAGGAAGCCGAAAGCUGCCCAGAAUCCCCGUGUAACCUACUAGAAAGUUACAGGAACCGACUGUCACCCAGGUGGAGAUCAUCGAGAAGCUCUCCAAGGAAAAGACGAUUUUCAGAUCGAGUAGUGACCUGUUCAAGCCGCCUGACCCCGGAAAGUCGGAUGGAGAGCUACAAGUGUGCAAGGAGGAGCCCUCAGCUGACAUUCUCAACUGGAGAGUCAGAGUCGGAUUCUGUCUACAGGGAUAAGUCAGUAGGUCCUGAUGCCAGCUACAGGCAGUGUAUGAUCAGCAAGGAGGUGAACACGACCGUCCAGAGGCUUCUCUUCGACACAGAGAAGAGCUCCUCAUCACAUAGCCCGUCUAGCAGGUCUAGAGUUCCGUUUCCAGACGUGAACACAGAUGACGAUUGUAACAAAGGGCCGAAAUGUGACACCACAAACAUAAUAAACGUAUCACAUGUGAGGGAGAGCUGUACGCAGAUUAACAUCUCCAGGAAUUCUCCGCCAAAUGUUCUUGAAACCGGCGGAAGCAAACAGGAUUCUGGGAGUGAGAAGCACAGUUCCUGUUUACACGAAGAUCAGUUAAUGGAGGUCAUGAACCCGCCGACAUCUUUCAUUACUUCCGCUUCUCAGACAUGCUGCGCGUGUCACAAAACAACUCAAAAAUUUACAAAUAUUUACGCCCGAGAUUACUAUCUCGGCAAAAAGGUGACACUAAAGAAGCAACGAGAAGCCAGGGCCAGCGUCCAUUCUUCCAAAUGGAAGAAGUUAGAUAUAGCAUGGUGCGCCAACACACCGUGUGCUUUACGGUCAUCACAAAACAAAUCUAGGCUAUCCUCAUCCAAGCGUGACUGCAGUUUUACACGAGAAUCACUGAGGCAUAAGCCAGGUAUGAAAAUGCUGACGUAUGCCUCUCGGCAUUCUCAAAGAUUUCACACUUCGGUUGGCUGCCAAGUCACGCAGACAGUUUCGGCAACAUCAGCGCACAGUUUAUUUAGGGACAGUUUGGCAUUUGGGGCAAACAAUGACCAGGAAAUGAAUCGAAGUGCCUGGAAACUUUCCCCAAUGAGCAACAGUUGUACGCUACAGGCCCAGAGCUCCGUCAAGUGCAAGAAACCAAAAGUCGGCUUCUAUGAAACAUGCGAUAAGAAGACAGCUAUAAUAAAUUUACCGUCUCCUUAUAAUUCUUGGUUACCAGAAAGCUCCAUUGUUUCCCCUAGCAAAAAGCCUCACGUCCAACCACGCUCUACUGGCUCUGCACAUCGCUGUAAGAAAGAAGACCCCGUCCAGACCGAUACGUGCACGCUUCUAGCGACAGUUUCCAAGAACAACUCUUCCAGCAAUGUGUCCUACCCCAUCGACAAGUCAAUCCCAACAGACAAGCCAGGUCUCUUCUCAAAGACUGCCCAAUUUUAUUUUGUAAGGGGAACAAAACUGAGUCCUAAUAAUAGCCGCAACGAAAGAGCCAGCUCAGGCAAUGCUAAACUUACCGCAGACCUUCAUAUUGAUAGGUUUCAGAAUUCUCGGAUACCUGGUCCACAGUGGAAGUCAAGCGUAUCUCUAGAACCUAAUACUUCAGAGAUAAUCUCUGAAAUAAAGAUUACCAAUAAACACGAAUCUAAAGACAAUGCACCCGCAGCACGUACAACAAAUCCGGUUAUUCCAGCGUGUUUCGCUUUUUCUGGUCUAGGAAAGUACCAGACCCGAGUGACAACUGAAAGAUCCAGCGGUUGUAGUCAGCAAGACGUACACGAUUUUGACAAACAACAAAUGCACCCUGUUGUGAGCUCUAACGCCAAAUCUCAAGAGGUCACGGAUGAUGGGAUGCAUUAUUCUGACCAGAACCCGACUGGAUCAUCCAUCCUGCCACAUCCCUUUACGAGCAAGGGAGACAAUCCACGUGAAGGUAGAGUUAUGGCCCGAGAAGAUGGCCGAGCAUCAACAUCUGAAUUGCUGAAACAUUUUGAUGCUGACACCGCUGACGUCGACCAGUGCAGCUCGACAACCCCCAUUCUAGCAUCGGCUGUUAAGCAGUGUUCGAAUCCCGACUCCGGCUACGACGAGUCGCUGUCAGAAAAAGCUAACGGCGACGGCAGCUUUCAGACGUCUGUUAGCACUGCUGUAGAAUCCUAUAGACCUGGCUUCAGUCCACAGUGGUUCAGACAGCAUAUGUGUAACUUGGAGUAUCAAGAUACCAAAUCUUGGUCCGUAUCUCCCGUGUCUGAGGCAUCUCCGAGCUCAGAUCACGCUCACAGAAGCCAUAUGUCUAACGAUUGCGACUCUGAGCAGGAUACCUUGCCGUCCCUCUCUGACGAUACAUUUCAGACUGCCGGCAACUGUGAUCCAUUCAUCCACCAACUUCCAGACAAUUUUAGAUGUGACCACAAUGCUCAACCAUUCUCGUUUAUUAAGGAUAUCGCAAGGCAGGGUAUUUAUCAGCAUUCGUCACCUACCACACUAACGGAAGCACAUAGCGGGAACGUUUUUACACAAGAUCUAACGCCAAUUCCUGGAAAAAACAAAGCACAUCAUGAUGUGACAUGGCCUCAUAACCUUCAGCACACAGUCGGUGAUACAGGAAGCAAAAGACAGUCAUCAACUGACAGCAACCGGUUCUAUCCCAAUGAAUCAAAUUUGACCGUCGGAUCCGAAAUGGUUAGUAGCCACACGGAAAUGAUUCCUAUGUCACCAGCAUCUGUUGGAUCUAAACAAGCUAACCACUCUCAAGAGAUGACCCAUGUUCUGAAGAUGUCACCGGAAGAUACAUCUCACAACGCUGAUCUUAGCAACACCAGCCUUGGCAACAUCGGUCUUAGCAACACCGCUCCGGCCCACUUCAGUGCUCAAGUACCUACUAUUUUACACUUUCCAGCUAAAUCUUCAGAAACAUUUAUCGUGGACACAGAGCAUCUAGAGACAGCCACUCAAGCCAACACGACACCGACAGGGCCACGUAGGACCAUACCCACACCGGAGCGACACGGAGCAGAACUUUCCAGAGCUCAAAGCACGUCACCGUCUUAUUCAGGGUUACCAAAUUCCAGAGUUUCAAAUUUGGAACAGUCUGACAAAGGCAUCGCUAAUGUCUGGUCAACGAAGCCACAGAACGAACAAAGCUGUAUUUCAGCUUUACCUACCUUUGAAUCGCAAGAUUCAAAAGAAACAUACGCAACUUCAAGGUUAAGAGCACAGAUAACGACAAAUACGGUCCUGGAUUUGUCCUCUUCAGCAAUGUCCAGUCCCGACGAGAACGCCAUGGAUGUGCCAGGUAAUGGAACUGAUCUUCCAGACAAAGACAGAGGUUUCACAGGAGACAGUGAUGUGAAGACGGUAGUCAUCCCUUGUCGUGUACAGGUGUGUGCAGCAGCGACACUUGAAGAUGAGCUACCUGAAUCUAUCAUGCUGCCCCCGACAUCCUCUGACGAAGAAGAUGCGACAGGGGCCGACGGUUGCUCGGACACACUUGCAUACACACCCGACAAUAUAACAAACUUUAGAAGUACAAACGACGACUGGGCAACGGGAUGGGCCACAACGACUUGUACAGAAAACACAACACGCGACCCACAAUGUUGGCAAACAGACAAAAGAGAGCAUAUCCUUACGAACGAAGCACAGCAGAACAAUAGCAAACAACGAUCAGCUAGACGCAUUUCAAAUCAGGCAAAAAGUAAAGUGUUUAUUUCAGACAGAAGUAUGGCUUUUUCUGAAAUAUUAAAACGGUUUUGA